CAGAAUAUCGUUGGCGAAACGUCAGCACUCCAGCAUCAACGUCAGCACAUGGUCAUCGCAAGCAUCUUCUUCCUAUACACUUCGCUAACCCUCUCGCCAAGCGCUAAACAUCAGCAUCGACAUCACCCAGCUCGCUUCAUGCUCCCACCUCAUCAUCACCACAUCAUCUUCCCGUCGUCAUACCGACCCAUCCCCUCAGAGUCCCGUCACGUCGUCACAGCCCAGCGCGCCGCACUCAAGGAUGCCUCUCGAGUCUCUAGCGCUCAACGAGAGAGGCCAGCGAUGACUCACGUGGCACGCCGGUGAGCGAGAGGGCUUCCGCUCACGCCACCUCCCCUUUCCCGCCGGCUCGAGGAGGAGGAGGAGGGACGAGCGAGGAGGAGGGACGAGGAGGGUCGUGACGAAAGGGGCAAGGGGGGCCUGACCCCCCCCCCCCGCCCCGGCACCGGCUACCCUCGCUCACAGAGGCCAAACGGCAGCGACGACGACGACGGAGGAAACGGUCAAACGGAGCUCCGUCGCGUUCUCCGAGGGGGAGUGCCGGGGGCGCCGCUCGGAUGGAUGUUAGCCGGCCGAGCGGCGAGGAGAAGAAGGUGGUGGAAGAGGGGAAGAGAAUGUCGCGGACGAGCGUGAGCCGCGGCGGGCCGAGCUCACGGGGUAGCGGCGCGCCCAGCUCCGGCGUGCUCAUGGUGGGGCCCAACUUCCGUGUGGGCAAGAAGAUCGGAUGCGGCAACUUUGGCGAGCUGCGGCUCGGAAAAAAUCUGUAUACAAAUGAAUACGUGGCAAUUAAGUUGGAACCCAUGAAGUCCAGAGCGCCUCAGCUGCACUUGGAGUAUAGAUUUUACAAGCAACUCGGCAAUGCAGAGGGUGUCCCCCAAGUGUACUACUUUGGGCCGUGCGGCAAAUACAACGCCAUGGUGCUGGAGCUGCUGGGGCCCAGCCUGGAGGACCUGUUUGAUCUUUGCGACCGCACCUUCUCCCUCAAGACGGUGCUCAUGAUCGCCAUGCAGUUGAUCAGCCGCAUGGAGUACGUGCACUCGCGCAGCCUCAUCUACCGCGACGUGAAGCCAGAGAACUUCCUGGUGGGACGGCAGGGCACGAGCAAGCACCACAACAUCCACAUCAUCGACUUCGGCCUCGCCAAGGAGUACAUCGACCCCGAGACCAAAAAGCACAUCCCCUACCGCGAGCACAAGAGCCUCACGGGCACCGCGCGAUACAUGAGCAUCAACACGCACCUGGGCAAAGAGCAAAGCAGGCGAGAUGACCUGGAAGCACUUGGUCACAUGUUCAUGUACUUCCUGCGAGGCAGCUUGCCUUGGCAGGGUCUCAAGGCUGACACCCUGAAGGAGCGGUACCAGAAGAUUGGCGACACCAAGAGAGCCACUCCCAUCGAGGUCCUCUGCGAAAGCUUCCCCGAGGAGAUGGCCACGUACCUGCGGUACGUAAGGAGGCUCGACUUUUUCGAGAAGCCCGAUUACGAGUAUCUGCGCAAGCUGUUCAUGGACCUGUUUGAGCGCAAGGGCUACACGUUUGACUACAACUACGACUGGACCGGCAAAACGCUCCCCACGCCCAUCGCCUCCAUCCACGCGGACCCAUCGGCAGUGCCCCCGUCGAGCCGCCCGCAGCCCGUGCCCAAGACACAGCCCCCCGAGCACAAGGGAUCGCGAGAAUCCCAGCCUAGCCGACAGUCAAACACUUUGCACUUGGCUGCGCAGCUGGCAGCUGACAGGCACGGGGGUUCCACGCAGGUGGUGAGCUCCACGAACGGGGAGCUGAAUACAGACGACCCGACGGCGGGACAUUCCAACGCGCCCAUCACCGCACAGCCCGAGCCCGAGAUGGUGGACGAGACCAAGUGCUGUUGCUUCUUCAAGAGGCGAAAGAAGAAAUCGAUCCAGCGAGUCAAGUGAUUGCGGACAUCGGCCCCGCACCGUGGGACGUGCGUUUCACUUUCACCGCCGUCCGCCAGCCCAGGCCAUCUCAUCCCCCCCCCCCCCAAGUCCCGCUCGUGGGGGCCUACGGGGCCGUCUUCAAGAACCGGACUGGACUUUCCCGUUCUGGAACUUCCUCGCUCGUCGUUUUUGGAAGGAGGGGGGGGGGGGGUGGUGUUGUGUACGCGAUGCUCGGACGCACGAGUUUUCUCGCGACGCGGGAAAAAGAAAUUUAAGGCGUUGACCGACCCAGGGCAUAGGAAUAAACCUGCGGACCGCGCUCUUAGACGCCUUAGAAAAUCCUUCAAGACCAACCUGCCGAACGGGAGAAGGCGGCAAAGUGAAAAGGGGAAAAUGAAAAACUCCAAGUUGACUCGUUUAUUUUUCCCCCCGUGCGGAAAAAUUAAAAUGUGUGGGUUGAUGUUAACUUGUGCUGAAGAGCGAUCGUCGCUGCUCCUCCUCCUCGGAAGACGGACGCGGAGAGACUGAAAUAAUUUUAAGAUGGCGAAAAAAAAAGGCGUUGUUUGGUCCCACGUUCAGGGUUCGGCCAAACCCUGCCGACUUGGGACCGCAGCUUGUGACCUCCUUCCAUAGGACCUUAGACCAUCGCUAUCGUGUGAGCAACCCGAAACUUGACGCGAGAUCCACGGUUGCGUCGUUUGAGCUCAUUUCUAGCGUUCUGCAUUACUUUUGUUUGUGAUCUUUGCUUUGCCGUACCAUCCACCACUCCUCACCCCCACUGACCCAGCCCCUACCCCCCCCCCCCCAUCUCCCAUCACCCCUUUGUUAAUUUUAAUAUUUUUCAAAUGUGUUAUAGUUGUUGGCUGUGCCGUUCUGUUGUCCUGAAAUUGUUUCUGAACCGAAGACGAAAAGUACAGGCUGCAGAAAGCACCAGAGUAAAUUACGAUGUUGGCGGAGGACACCACGAACUUGUCGCAGUUUUAUUUAAACCUUUUGUUGUGUAAAGAAGGGUAUAACGUGCCCCCUCCUCCCUCCGGCUCGGGUUAUAGUGGAACACGCAAUCACACCCGGCGAUGUUUGUAAGCAACUGUUUUUUUUUUCUUUCGAUGUGCCUGGCAGCACUGUGUCGUCCUGGCAUGCAUGUGAAGCGGUGCAGAAAACCCAGCGUCAUCUUCACGCCGCCUGUUUUUCUUGAGACUUUUUUUUAUUUCACGCCGCGUAAAAUAUUCAAAGAGUCGGGCAGACCUUGCUCCAACCACCAGCUUCAGACUCGGGUGGUGGGGAGUCCCUCCCGGUACCCCCCCCCCCGGUCCCCCCCCCCCGGUUCCCCCCCCCCCCCCAGAGAUACGCACAGUCGUCGCCGUGCAACCUCGGGCUCGGUUUACGGCCGGUUCUAGAGCCAACUUCUUGUUGCCCCCCUCCCAGUCUACUGCUGGUCUUAAAUUGCUGAUUCUUUAUACGUUGGGGUCACCAGCACACUCAGGCUUGGUGGUACAAACGAACUCGAUCCCGUGCCGAGCACUCGGGCAACUUUAUUAGUUGAACUCUUGGUGCCGGCCUCGGGCUCCGGCUUUCCCACGUGACCCCUCAACCACUGUUUCCUUGAGGGGGAAGGGGGGCAGAGCCCCCCCCCCCCCACAGAAUUGUAAAAGUUUCCGAGUGCCCGGCGCAGGUUGGAACGAGUUCAUUUGCACCAAGUUGGAGUGGUGUUGGUGACCGCCGUAUGAGAACCGGGUUUUAACGCGAGUACUAAAACCCAGUUGUUGCACUAUGUUAGCAGUAGAGGCGUUGCAGGAGGAUACUUUACUGUGGGCUGUCAUUCACAUUGCAUUAAUAAAGUUGAAUUUUUUUAAAAAGAGAAAUGCAAAAAUGUCUAAGUUGAACACUUUAGAAUGGUUGUAUUCAGUAAUUGCAGUACAUCUGGCACGUCCGUUACAUGUGUUAAAGGGGCGUGGCAUUUAGAAGUUGCUUAACCAGUUAAUUUUAACAACCCUAGUUUCUGGAUAGUGAAGUUUUGUGCUGUGCAUUUUGUGUCCGUAAUAUUUUUUUUAGUUUGUAAUUUUAAUAACAUUUUGACCAAAUACGUCGUGUAGAUAAAAAUGGGCAAAUUGUCCCCGGCUGAAAUGUCUUUGCUCACGGUGUAAAAAAAAGGCUAAAUUGACAUGAGAAUUAUGAUGUUCGGGUCGCAUGAACGAGAAGUAACAUUUUGAAAAAGCAGGAAUAAAAUAACAAUUUAAACUGGCUGAACAAAAGGUACGUUACCAAGUUUAUCUUUGAUAAGUCCACGAUACAAGAAACACGUUGAAUUUAUUUAAACAUAACAUUCUUCACACAUCUUCCUUUACAAAAAGUGGCUGGCAACUUCAAGACAAUGGGGGAAAGAAAACAAUGGGAUGGAAACGUCUCUGUGGGUCUCCACGCAGGGCAGCUUGGCGGCUGUUUGUGUUUGGUGGUGUGGGAGAGACUCAUUGACAUGGGAAGGGAGUUGGGGGGGGGGUGUAAGUGACUGCUGUUGAAUCCCUGUAUACAACGAACAUCGUAUGGAACUUGACUGCAUGUUUAAGUUACAUAUGCUUAUUGGCGGAUCAUUGUGUGUGUCGGUUGUGACGUACAAAGACAAAACCAAGGCUUUUCAACAUCACUGUAGUUUUAAAAAUGUAAAUGAUUUAUUUUGGGUUUUCUUUCUUUCUCCUAUUUUGGUUGGUAAAUAGUCAGAGCACUCGGCCAUCAAGCAAAUCAGGGGGUGCGACAUAUUUCUGAUUGUAGCCAAGAGACGGUAAGUUUGUUUUCUUGGUUUUAUAAUCGUUUGGAAACGUGUGUAUAUUGCGCUGCUAUACUAAGAUGUUGCAUUAUACUGUAGAACUGUUCCAUUACAUUAAAAUCAAUUAAAAAAAGAUGUUUACAAUAAAACUA